UUUGUGGCAUUUUGGGACUGCCAUCUCUUUGCCUUUUAUGGGUUUUGCAUGAACCUUGGAGUUUGUCGCUUUAAGUCAGAAUGGAGAUCAAAAUCCUUCUUGCAUCACUUGUAAUAUGGUAUAUAACCUGCAUCAACGUAUAUGCUGAUGAUAUGGUUAGGAUUGAGCUAAAAAGGCAAUCGUUGGACCUUUCUAGCAUAAGCGAUGCAAGAAUCUACGCUAAAGAUCUCAGGGGUCGCAAUAGAAAUUUGGCUGCUCCGAAUGACCAGAUAGUUUACCUCAAAAAUUAUCAUGAUGUUCAGUACUUCGCGGAGAUUGGUAUUGGUUCACCGCCCCAACGCUUCAUUGUUGUGUUUGAUACUGGAAGUUCCAAUCUUUGGGUCCCUUCUUCCAGAUGUUUCUUCUCGAUUGCAUGUUAUCUUCGUUCCAGGUACAAAUCAAGACUAUCAAAUACGUAUACAAAAAUUGGAAAGUCUAGCAAAAUCCCUUUUGGCACUGGUUCAGUUCAUGGAUUCUUCAGCCAAGACAAUGUGAAAGUUGGAGGUGCUGUCUUAAAGCAGCAGGUUUUCACUGAGGUAACACGGGAGGGAUACUUGACAUUGUUGCGUGCACGAUUUGAUGGAGUACUAGGACUUGGAUUUGAUCAGAGCACGACAUCAAGGAAUGUCACACCAGUAUGGUAUAACAUGUUGCUUCAGCAUAUGGUUACCAAGUCAAUCUUCUCAUUCUGGCUAAAUCGAGAUCCUACGUCUAAGAUAGCGGGUGAAAUUAUCUUUGGAGGCAUGGAUUGGACUCACUUCAGGGGUCAGCAUACAUACGUACCAGUCGCUCAAAAUGGUUAUUGGGAGAUUGAGAUAGGGGAUCUUUUUAUAGGAAGCAAUUCAACAGGCCUUUGUAAGGAUGGAUGUCCAGCUAUUGUGGAUACAGGGACAUCAUUUAUCGCUGGUCCAACUACUAUUUUAACUCAAAUAAAUCAUGCCAUUGGAGCGGAAGGAAUUAUUAGUUUGGAAUGCAAAAAAGUUGUCUCGAGUUAUGGGGAUUCGAUCUGGGAACGCUUGAUAGCAGGGUUACAACCGGAGAACGUAUGCAACAGAAUUGGACUCUGUACAAAUAAUGGGUCGUUAUGUUCUUCUUGUGAGAUGAUAGUGUUCUGGAUACAAGUAGAGAUCAGAAAAGAGAGAUCAAAAGAAAAAGCGUUUCAAUAUGCCAAUCAGCUGUGUGAGAAGCUUCCGAAUCCCGGGGGAAAAUCAUUUAUCAACUGUGAUGUCUUUGCCCUGCCACAUAUAACAUUUACCAUUGGAGACAAAUCUUUUCCCCUUUCUCCAGAUCAGUAUGUUAUCAGAGUUGAUGACAGCCAAGGUGUCCACUGUAUUAGUGGAUUUACAACUUUAAACGCGCAUCCGCGACGUCCCCUCUGGGUUCUUGGAGAUGCAUUCUUGAGAGCAUAUCACACAGUUUUCGACUUUGGCAGUUCACAAAUUGGAUUUGCAGAAAGUGCUUAGAGCGGUCGGUUUCGAGGAUUAUGACUUAGAAUUGUUAAAAAGGCCAUUGUGUACUGUUAUUACUUUGUUUGGUUUUGCAGCUUGAAUUUACUUUCUAGGUAGACCAAUAAAACUAUUCUAUGUUUGUACCCUUUGUUCAAUGUCCUUCAUGCUGAUGAAUACUGGAUACUAAGAAAUGGUUUUGGGAAUAAUACCUUAGAUAUAAGGGAGUUGUAGUUA